UUUUGACUUUCUACUCCAAAGGUAGUACUAUACAGUGCCUACAAAUGCACAUGACAAUAUGAGAUAUGGAGUAUGAAGUACAUGUAGCUGAAAAAAAUGACUUGUGGACAGCAGUAUACCCGUGCGCAGGGUUGGGUGUGCGGGUUAUGCGCAAUCUUGAURUCAUGAGAAUGAAUAUGUGCAACUACAGGAUUGGCUGUAAUUUAUACGAUGCAAAUUAAUGUGGGAAAUCUAUUGUAAGAGGAUUGUGGGAAAUCUAUUAACUUCAUGUUUUAUUUCUGGCACUUACAUGUAGAAUAGGAGGAGGUGGUCCACCGACCCAACCCCCACCCCCAAAGCAUUGACACCUCUUUAGGUACCAAAAGAAAAUCUUGUGAAUUUUUCUUUAUGUUGUUGUUAAGGAAUAGUCRAUGCUUAGUGUGCGUAUAUCAUGUUCUAGGUGUAUGCUGGAGGUUUAUAAGAAAGAAAGAAGAGUAAGAAUCACACAAGGCRUAGCCAAGUGCAACUCUAGCUUCUUGAGUGUAUAAACAACCUCCCAAGUGCAUCUAGAACUGGAUAUAUGCACAAUUAAGCAUUGACCAUUGCUUUUAUAACAUACCAUAGUAAAACUGGAAAAAAUAUUUGUUAAUCAAAAAAAAAAAUUGUUCUAAUGAAAUCUUCAUUAAAUAGAUUCAUUAAAUGCACGAUACUUAAUCAUGUCAGUGUGCACUAUCAAUUUCUGGAUGCAAGCUCGCUCACGCUAAUUAACCAACCAAGUUAUAUCAUGGCUAUGUUAUAAUAAAUUAUUGGUGUCCUAUCGUCCUCCUUCUUGUUGCUAACAGCUUUCAAACCUCACAUGAGCUUAGAGUAACUGAGACUUUCUAAUUAUUCCUGUUAACUAUCAUACAGGUUGUUGGAGUCAUAGYCUGUGUAGCUGAGCACAUUGGGGUGGGGGAUCCCAAUGUACUGCUAUGCAGUCUACAAGAUCAUCUCGGAGAUGUCCUCAUCCUCGUAUAUUCUCCAGUUUCAGGGUCCCAUUUGUUUACGCCUUACUCUCGGUUAUUGCUAAUCCAGAUUUGGUGGAUUCUGUUAAAGAUGCAGACAUUUUAGUGUUUAAUUUGCCACCUAUGUUCUUGAAGAAGACUUGUUUAAAGUUAAAAGGAAAUAUCAAGCCUGAUGUACUGGCCAUCUCAAUGAUUAAGGGUCUUGAUCAUAGCAAAAAGGGAUUUCACCUGAUUUCACAGCAAAUAAAAGAUAUACUAAACAUUCCAGAUGUGAGCGUCAUGAUGGGUGCRAAUAUUGCUGAAGAAGUUGCCAAGGAAAUGUUUUCUGAGUCAACUAUUGGUUCUAAUUCUCUUGAGCAUGGCUACAUAUUCAAAGAACUUCUUAGCAUGCCCUACUUUAAAGUCCAUGUGAUAUCUGAUGUGGAGAGUGUUGAGUUCUGUGGUGCUAUUAAGAAUGUAGUUGCUAUUGGUGCAGGGAUCAUUGAUGGUCUUGGAUAUGGUGACAAUACUAAAGCAGCCAUCAUAAGAAUAGGUCUGGAGGAGGCCUUUGAGUUUUCCCGUGCUUUUCUGCCAGGUUCAAGGAUGUCAACAUUUUUUGAAUCUUGUGGGAUCGCUGACUUCAUUGUGACAUGUUAUGGUGGAAAACAUCGGCUCGCUGGAGAGGCUUUUGUUAAGACUGGGAAGCCAUUUAAGGAAUUGGAGUCUGUUGUUCCUGAGCUGAGGUUUAGAAAGCUUCCUGGUCCAGACACGUUAGAAGCAGUGUUCAAAGUGGUGCAAGAUAAAAAACUAGAAAAAAAAUUUCCAUUAGUGACAGUCUUACACAAUAUCUGUUUUGAGGGAGGAUCUCCGAGCGACAUCAUUGAAGCUUUACAAAGACACGAUGAAUUCCCAGCAAACCUGUAAAAAUAAAACCCAUUAUUUUAUUAGCUUUUGAGUCAUCCAAUCACAGAGUAUCUAGUUGCAUUAACUGUAUCGUUUCCAACCCAUAAAAUAUACUCUAUCAUUAUUUAUUUUAAGAUCAUUAAAAUCAUAUACUGGUUUUGGUUGAUCUGUUGAGUAAUGUGCGCCAGGUCUUGCUCAAAGUUUUAUUUUACGAAAAGUGUUAAUUUCUGGUCUAAGGUAUUAAUUUCCGAUUUUGGCGCGAAAAAAGUCAACAGUUAAAGAUUUUAUUUCAGAAAAUAGGAGGACAAAAUCAUAUUUAUAUUAUUGAGUGAUUUGCAUAAGCUCAUGAAAUACUGACAUGUCAGUGUAUUUAGCACUAUUGCCCUCUAGCUGUUUCGUUUUCUUAUAUCGUUCUAAUAAAUAAAUUUUGUAGCAUAACUAUAUUCUUCACUCGAACUGAACUUUCAGCUAAUUAAGGAAGCUAAAGGCACGGGCACACGGUGCAACAUUGCGCGCAACAUUGCAGGCAAUGUUGCUGAAGUAGGAUAGUUUUUUUAAGCUACGGACAUACGGUGCAACAUUGCGCCCAAUGUUGCAUGCGAUUGAUGUUGCGAGCCCUGACACACGAUGCAAUUUGUUGCACGCAACGUUGCUGAAGUAGAAAACUAUCCUACUUCAGCAAGAUUGCCUGCAAUGUUGCGCACAAUGUUGCACCGUGUGUCCGUGCCUUAGGAUGUUUUUUGAUUUGUUUUUUUUUAACAAAUUGCGUCGUGUGUCAUGGAUGCAACAUCAAUUGCAUGGAACAUUGCUCACAAUGUUGCACCGCGUGUCCGUAGCUUAACACUAGGUAUAUACAAAUUAUUGCAAUGUAAUAAAAUAUCGUUUAAUUUUUGAUCGUUUUUCUUAAUAAUUUAUGAAAUAUUUACUGCUAAGUUUAUGAAAGAAAGAAUAAAAGUAUAUUAUGGUUUUUCUAA